AUCGACUUUUCCCAGUCUCUCUCCCUCCUCCUCCAGGGAAUCUCUUCUCUCCCUCGCAUACCGUUCAGUGUUCGUGUCUCUGUGCGCGCGUCUGUGUCGCUUUUUUGUGUUGCCAUCUCAUCUGGCUUGCAGUCAGUAUUCAGAUUUGAAUAUGAGCGACCCGAAAGUGUCGGAGGCCGCAACGAAGAUCCAGGCUACAUAUCGUGGCCACGCGGUGCGGAAAGAGCGCCAUGCACAUGAUGAAGACCCAGAGUUGGUGGAUGCAGCAGUAAAGAUUCAGGCAGGAUUUCGGGGUCAUCUGGUGAGGAAGGACGCCGAAAAAGCUCGACGUGAAAAAGAAAUUGAAGUGAAACUCAAGGAUCUCUCGUGCAAUCCUCCGAGGAAAACAUACAACGAAGGUAUAACUGAAAAAAAGGACUCAACCCGUUCAAAUGAUGACUAUCGCUCUUGGUGGCGUUAUGACAGAGACAAAAAACUCAUCACGAAUGGGGAGCAGGUUCACAUGAUCGGUCUGGUCGUGUCCGGUCGGUGGGAGGAGGAGGAGGAAGUGGACAUCGAUCUGGACGAUCCGGCUGUCGGGGCUGCAGCCGCCAAGAUUCAAGCAUCCUUCAGGGAGCACAUGAUGAAAAAAAAAAGCCCUCGAGAAUGAAUUCUUGACAUUUCACAAUAUCGACAUGCCAUCAGUUUUUGACAGUAUUUCCCCAACGGAAUAGGAAAGACUGUGAUGAACGGUUGGAAGACACGAUUUCUGUCUUCCCUCCUUCACGAUCUCGAACAUGCACGUCUUUUCUGCACCUGAUAACCAUUCGGGCUCACCUCUUCGUUUCACUUUGACUUUUUCUCCUCCCCUUCAAUAUACCACGAUCGACAGUUAUGCGAUAGGCUUGUCUGUGAGAGUGCCCUCCCCCAUUCGAAGUUCCAAUAACGCAUGUAUGUUGUUUGCAUCCGGUAAAAAAAAAUAAAUAAAGUUUUUUAUUAAGUCCCCUGAA